CAGCCAUCAGUCUGUUGACGACUCGACGGGCCUGUUGAUCCUACAACAACCCUCAUCCUCGCAAAAAUGUUUCUGCCCUUGCAAUAGACUUCUUUUGGCGCGUUCAAGCCCUCGGCUGUUGUUUCCUGCUUCUUUUUCCCUUCUUGUCAGUCACUCGCUUCUUCCAAUCAGCGCAAUGCCGCCUCGCCAUUUCACCCGGUACAUUGUCACCGCGGCAGUCUUCAUUUGCGGCCUCAUAAUCUUCUCUUCGACCUCGAGUCCCUCUACUGCUGCUGUUAUCGAUGCAAUACCAUACCCAGAAGUCCUCCGAGAUGUGAUACCCAAACUCACUGUUCCCAACCUCCGCUGGUCCUUCCAGAGUUCGGCGCACAAACCUCCUGAACAAAAGAAUAGCACACAUGGAGACAGCUCAUGGUACAGCGAUUGGAAAUGGCUCAAUCCUUUUUCCUCCUCUGUGACGCUCGACGAAGAUCGAGUCGUCUUGCCUCCUUUGGCAGAACGGCCUCCGAUCUACACAUUCUAUGAUACUUCAGUCAAAAGAGAUGACGAGACAAAGAGCAUCGAUAAGGAGUUUCUGUUGACAUGGAGGCGGGCCUGGUGGGCUCGUGGAUUUCGACCGGUGGUUCUGACGGACGCUGAGGCCAUGAGCCAUCCACUAUAUCAGACGUUACACGCAAAGGGCAUGCCCGCAGUCCUGGAACAAGACUUCCGGCAGUGGUUGGCUUGGGGUCAUAUGGGGACCGGCUUGCUUGCCAGCUGGUACUGCCUACCCAUGGGCUCUGUUGACGAUGAUCUUUUGUUUUACCUGCGACGAGGGGAAUAUCCCCAACUUACCAAGUUUAAAGGCUUGGGGUCUGGCCUGUUUGCCGGGGAAAAGACCCAAAUAGAUGAUGCCAUCAGAUCCGCACUCGACAACAUGAAGUUGAGCUCUUUCAAGACCGUCACAGAUGCCAUCGACCCGGAGCGCUUUGCGAUCGAACAGCCAACAUCCAUCGCCCAUUAUGAUCCUCAGACAAUCGCUUCCAAAUACCCUAUUCUGGCAGAAUUGAUCGCCAAAGAUGUGAACAAGGGUCGACGUUCGCUCAACAAACUCAUGAUCGCUCAUCUUCAUGUCAUGUGGCAAAACACUUUCAGUGCUGGCAUUGCGGUCCUGCAGCCUCUUGCAGCCCACACCUUCACUCUUGUUCAGCCGUCCAAGGACCUAGCCCGUCUCCUUGCGGAAUGUCCCAGCUCUCUCUUGCAAUCAUCUUGUCCACCGAAUCGACCGAAAUGCUCUCCGUGCACCGGCUCGAAAUUGAGGAUCACGACCGCUCCUUCGUUCAGGAAUACAUCUUCCUUGUUUACAAUUGCUGUUGUGCCUCACCCUUAUACGAUGAUCACGCUGACAAACCAGUCUGAUGCCGUAUCCGUUGCUCACAUAAGGCGAUACACUGAGCGAGAUCCUUGGAUAACUGCAGUCACGCGGGAUAUAUUGGGAGACGGUCGUGGAGGCCCGAGCCGUGUGGUGGCCUUAAAGGAUGCGGUGGCAUCAGAAUAUGGCAGUAGUCGUUCCUUGUGGUUUACCACCGAGCAUUUUCCUGCGUCGUUCAAUCCGCCGCCCCCUCCACCAAAAUCGCCUACUAAUGACGCCCGUCCAGCACAGGAGGAGGUCGCAGCAUUUCCAGAAGAUUGGCUCACGCAUCUCGACUGGCACUUUGGCUUUCCCAUCCCGAGAACGACAGUGUCUCAUGGUGAGUCUCUGCCUCCAGUGCCCGGACCUGAGCGUUGGGCCAAGACACCUGCUGGUCUCCCCGCCGAUCGUAAGAAGGCCUCUGAUCCUAGUCCGCCAACGGAAGAGCAGGCCGCAAUUGAGGUCAGCCUCUUACAGAAGGCAAGGGGAACCAUCAACAGUAAGGAUGAGGCUGUGCUCAAAAUCCGUAACGUGGCAGAGGCGUGGAACCUGGCCGACACAGAGGCUUGGAAGUUUGUGAAAAGUUUCCGAGCCCGUCAGGUUGUGGAAAGAUUGAAAUUUGAAGAGGAAGAGUCUGCAUACGAAACUGAGGGUGUGAGAGGAAAUACUCGAUGGUGGGGUCCAUGAUCCAAGUCCGCUCGAGGUGAUCGAGGACGGUGGCUCCGAGCCAUGAGCAACUGCAACCACUCAACGGAUUUAAAGCUUCGAAAAUCGACUCAGCGUUCCAUGCUCAACCCGGCAGUAGACCUUUGCGACUAUCAAAGCCUUCAAGCGGGGUCGGAAGCGGGUCUGAACCACCUGAGCGUCGCUAUCUGGCAGGCGAUGCACAGAUCCAGGAGAUUGACAGAUGCGGUGCUUCUCUUGGACUCAGGUUGUCCUCCAUUGAUGCCACAGGGACCGACGGAUGUAUUGGAAAGCACUACUCACAGCAAACAGGGCGAAAACGAUGGCGCAGAGGAACUGCGCCAAAUGGAACCAACGGAGCGCGACGGAAUGUCCUGACAAACACUUCAGAUUGCUCUUGAGACAUCCAGAUAUGGGUUAAGGGCCAUAUGCCAGUAUAUGACCCUGACUGCUUGCUGGAGAGCGAGCAAUCGCUCUGCAGAUUGAUUGGUGGACUCAGCAUUCGUUGCAACAGGUUUAUCUGCCCAAUGCUCGGGCCUUUGCUGUUUGUAACAACCUCGCUUUCCCCCUCCGGGGUCAACUUGGGCUUAGAGUCCGAUUUGGCAAACUCGCUUGCGGCAUCCGGCCCACGAAAGUCGAAUUGGUUAUGGAUCGACAUGACGCUGUAGAACCAGGAUUUGCACUACGGGAAGAGGGGAAAGAGCCCGCAGAUCCUGUCGCAGCCAGAGUUGAAUCGCCUUGAAGCAAUUGCUUCCCUCCCUGGAUCUCAGGUAAUUGAGGUGGACUGUACCGCAGGGUCCUCAAUGAGAUGUUGUUUAGUCUGCCUGACGAAGCGGCCUUUGCACUUGACGAGGCCAAAGUGUCUUGGGGUUUGUUGGGAUGGAUUCUUUUCUUGGUGAUGAGCGCGUCUCCGCAGUGGCCACUGCGCAAAGCAAUGUAGAGAGAUAGUCAAAAUCGCAAUUCUUCGGAGUGCCCAG